AUGGUAUAUUCCCGGAGAGAAAGUCCGGGAUCCCGGCGCCUGCUGCUCUCGCUUCUGCUCCUCGCAGCCUGGGAGGCAGGGAGCGGCCAGCUCCACUACUCGGUCCCCGAGGAGGCCAAACACGGCACCUUCGUGGGCCGCAUCGCGCAGGACCUGGGGCUGGAGCUGGCGGAGCUGGUGCCGCGCCUGUUCCGGGUGGCGUCCAAAGGCAGAGAGGACCUUCUGGAGGUAAAUCUGCAGAAUGGCGUUUUGUUUGUGAAUUCUCGGAUCGACCGGGAGGAGCUGUGCGGGCGGAGCGCGGAGUGCGGCAUCCACCUGGAGGUGAUCGUGGACAGGCCGCUGCAGGUUUUCCAUGUGGAGGUGGAGGUGAAGGACGUUAACGACAACCCACCUAGUUUCUCCCGGCAAGAACAAAGAUUGUUUAUUUUAGAGUCAAGAAUGCCAAAUUCUAGGUUUCCGGUAGAGGGCGCAGCUGAUUUGGAUAUCGGAGCAAACGCAGAAUUGAGAUACAAGCUAAAUCCUAACGAAUAUUUUGACUUGGAAGUUAAAACGAAUGAAGAAGAAACGAACUUUUUAGAGCUAGUUUUGAAGAAAACCUUAGAUAGAGAAGAAACCCAAGAACAUCGUUUAUUACUGAUUGCAGUUGAUGGAGGAAAACCUGAACUAACAGGUACAGUACAGUUAUUGAUCAAUGUAUUGGAUGCGAAUGACAACGCCCCGGAAUUUGAUAAAUCCGUUUAUAAUGUCAGAUUGCUGGAAAAUACACCGAGUGGGACAUUAGUUAUUAAACUGAACGCCUCCGAUGCAGAUGAGGGCAUUAAUAAGGAAAUAGCUUAUUUCUUUAGUAAUCUUGUUCCUGACGAUGUAAAAUCUAAAUUUAUACUCAAUUCUAACAGUGGUGAAAUAAAAAUUAAGGAAGAACUGGAUUACGAAGACUGUAACUUAUAUGAAAUUAAUAUUGAUGCUGUAGAUAGAAGUACAUUCCCAUUAACAGGACACUGCAAAGUAGUAGUGAGAGUGUUGGAUGUGAAUGAUAAUCCUCCAGAGAUGGCCAUAACCUCCCUUUUUCUGCCUGUUAAAGAGGACGCUCCACUCAGCACCGUCAUCGCGCUGAUUAGCGUGUCUGACCGAGACUCUGGUGCCAAUGGGCAGGUGACAUGCUCUCUGACGCCCAAGGUUCCCUUCAAGCUGGUGUCCACCUUCAAGAAUUACUAUUCUUUGGUGCUGGACAGCGCCCUGGACCGCGAGAGCUUGUCGGUCUAUAACGUGGUGGUGACAGCGCGGGACAGGGGCUCGCCUUCGCUGUGGGCCACCGCCAGCGUGUCCGUGGAGGUGGCCGACGUGAAUGACAACGCGCCGGCGUUCGCACAGCCCGAGUACACGGUGUUCGUGAAGGAGAACAACCCUCCCGGCUGCCACAUCUUCACGGUGUCGGCGCGGGACGCGGACGCGCAGGAGAACGCGCUGGUGUCCUACUCGCUGGUGGAGCGGCGGGUGGGCGAGCGUGCGCUGUCGAGCUACGUGUCGGUGCACGCGGAGAGCGGCAAGGUGUACGCGCUGCAGCCGCUGGACCACGAGGAGCUGGAGCUGCUGCAGUUCCAGGUGAGCGCGCGCGACGCUGGCGUGCCGCCUCUGGGCAGCAACGUGACGCUGCAGGUGUUCGUGCUGGACGAGAACGACAAUGUGCCCGCGCUGCUGGCGUCUCGGGCUGGAGGCUCUGGCGGUGCAGUGAGCGAGCUGGUGCCGCGGUCGGUGGGCGCGGGCCACGUGGUGACGAAGGUGCGCGCGGUGGACGCCGACUCGGGCUACAACGCGUGGCUGUCGUACGAGCUGCAGCCGGCGGCGGGCGGUGCGCGCAGCCCGUUCCGCGUGGGGCUGUACACUGGCGAGAUCAGCACGACGCGCGCCCUGGACGAGGCGGACGCUCCGCUUCAGCGCCUGCUGGUGCUGGUGAAGGACCAUGGCGAGCCGGCGCUGACGGCCACGGCCACCGUGCUGGUGUCGCUGGUGGAGAGCGGCCAGGCGCCGAAGUCCUCGUCGCGGGCUUCGGCGGGAGCCGCGGAUCCGAAGGCAGCGCUGGUAGAUGUCAACGUGUACCUGAUCGUCGCCAUCUGCGCGGUGUCCAGCCUGUUGGUGCUGACGCUGCUGCUGUACACGGCGCUGAGGUGCUCUGCGCCGCCCACCGAGGUCGCGUGCGGACCUGGGAAGGCCACGCUGGUGUGUUCCAGCGCGGUGGGGAGCUGGUCGUACUCGCAGCAGAGGCGGCAGAGGGUGUGCUCUGGGGAGGGGCCGCCCAAGACCGACCUCAUGGCCUUCAGCCCUAGCCUACCUCAUGGUCCCAGCUCUGCAGACAAUGUGAGUCUCAAAAAUCUUAGUCUCACUAAUUUUUUCCUAAUUCUUUAA